UUUGUGUUUCCAUCAAGUCUGAAUUUUUACUUGGAUGACCCAGCCAGCUUGAAGCAAGUGGUCACUCUCUACAACCCAUAUGAUAUUGGCAUCACAUUCAAAGUGUACGCCAACCAGCCGGCCAAGUACAAGGUGGUGGACCCGGUGGGCUCCAUCAAGGCCAAGUGCUGCCUGGACAUCGUGGUGCGCCACACCAGCCCCAGCGUGCAGUCGGUCAACGUCACCGACAAGUUCCGCGUGGACAUCGUCGAGUUUGGCCACAAGGAGCUGAUCGGCCGGACUUACCUGCCGUCCACGCUGCUGCCGGGCCGACCACCGGUCGAGGAACACGAGGAGCUGGAGCAGGAGCGCGAGGGCUUCCACUCGGUGGUGCAGGAGCGUAGGGGCGCCGACACCAGGCCGGCUCGCGAGCCGCCAGGUGAGCCGACGGCGGGUCAGCUCAGGGGAGGGGAGAUCUGGUGAUCGGGUCUGGGAGAACUCUCCUGUUCUC